AGCACUGUGAAAAUCAAUCAGAUUAGCCUGGAUGAAAGCGGGGAACAUGUAGGCAUCUGUGCUGAGGAUGGCAAGGUGCAAGUAUUUGGGCUGUAUUCAAGAGAAGGAUUACAUGAAAUUUUUGACUGUCCAAUAAAGAUUGUUGCUGUUCAUCCUCAAUUUGGAAAAUCUAACUGUAAGCAGUUUGUCACUGGAGGAAACAAGUUGAUUUUAUAUGAAAGAACCUGGCUGAACCGAUGGAAAACAACCAUCCUACAUGAAGGAGAAGGGAAUAUAACAAACAUCAAGUGGAGAGGGAAUUUCAUUUCUUGGGCCAAUAAUAUGGGAGUGAAGAUACUUGACAUAAUCACAAGGCAAAGGAUAACCAAUGUGCCCAGAGAUGACACAAGCCUACGUCCAGACAUGUACCCCUGCAGUCUCUUUUGGAAAGACAGUCUGACUCUUAUCAUUGGAUGGGGGAAAUCUGUUAAGAUUUGUGCAGUGAAAGAGCGACAUCCCAGUGAAUUAAGAGACCUACCAAAUCGUUAUGUUGAGAUUGUGUCACAGUUUGAUACAGAAUAUUUCAUCAGUGGAAUAGCGCCUCUCUGUGAUCAGUUUGUGAUGCUCUUCUUUGUAAAGGAGACUUCAGAUAAAGAGAAUAAGCAGUUUUGUGCCAGACCACGCCUUGAUAUAAUUCAGCCACAAGCAGAUUGUUGUGAAGAAGUGUCCUCAGAUGCCAUAACGGUCAGGGGAUUUCAAGAAAAUGAGUGCAGAGAUUAUCGUUUAGAAUAUGCUGAAGGUGAAUCCCUGUUUUAUAUAAUCAGCCCAAGAGAUGUUGUUGUGGCAAAAGAAAGAGACCAAGAUGACCAUAUUGACUGGUUGCUGGGGAGGAAAAAAAUAUGAGGAAGCACUUAUGGCUGCAGAAAUCAGUCAGAAAAAUAUUAAGCGACAUGAGGUUUUGGAUAUUGGUUUAGCCUAUAUAACACAUCUGGUAGAAAAAGAAGAUUAUGAUAAUGCUGCCAGGAAAUGUCAGAAAAUACUUGGUAAAAAUAUGAAACUCUGGGAAGACGAAGUGUACCGAUUUAAGAGUAUUGGGCAGUUGAAGGCAAUCAGCAAGUAUUUGCCAAGAGGUGAUCUACGGCUAAGACCUGUGAUUUAUGAAAUGAUCCUGGAUGAAUUUUUGAGAACUGAUUAUGAGGGAUUCGCAACACUAAUAAGAGAAUGGCCUGGAGACCUUUACAAUAACAAAACCAUAGUAAAAGCUUUAAAGGGGCAUCUAAGCAAAGAACCAAACAACAGAACACUUCUGGAGGCUCUGGCAGAAUUACAUGUAUAUGACCAGUGUUACAGUAAAGCUCUUGAAAUUUAUUUAACACUUCGGCACAAAGAGGUCUUUGAACUUAUAAACAAACAUAACCUCUUCAGCUGUAUCAAGGACAAAAUUGUCUUACUCAUGGAUUUUGAUACGGAGAAAGCUGUUGAUAUGCUUUUGGACAAUGAAGACAAGAUUUCUAUUGAUAAAGUUGUGGUGGAAUUAAAAGAGAGGCCAGAACUGCAACAUGUGUACUUGCACAGACUUUUCAAGAGGGACCAUCACAAAGGACAGAUGUACCAUGAGAAACAAAUCAGCUUGUAUGCAGAAUUUGACAGACCAAAUCUUUUGCCUUUCCUUCGAGACAGCACUCACUGCCCACUAGAAAAGGCUCUUGAGAUCUGUCUUCAGAGAAAUUUUGUUGAAGAGACGGUGUUUUUGUUUAAGCAGAAUGGGGAACAGUCGCAGGGCCUUGCAGAUGAUUAUGGAGGAACUACAUGAUGUGGAUAAAGCUAUUGAAUUUGCAAAAGAACAGGAUGACGCUGAGUUGUGGGAGGACCUUAUUCUGUACUCUAUUGAUAAACCACCAUUCAUAACUGGAUUACUUAAUAACAUCGGGACCCAUGUUGAUCCAAUCUUACUGAUUCACCGCAUCAAAGAAGGAAUGGAGAUUCCAAAUUUGAGAGACUCGCUUGUCAAAAUCCUGCAAGACUACAACCUCCAGAUACUUCUAAGGGAAGGGUGCAAAAAAAUAUUAGUAUCAGACUCCUUAUCGUUGCUAAAUAAAAUGCACAGGAUACAGUCAAGAUCUAUGCUGGUUGAUGAAGACAAUAUUUGUGAAGCUUGCCUGUCACCGAUUCUGCCAACAGAUACUUCUAAGCCGCUUGGUGUGGUGGUAUUUCAUUGCAGACACAUGUUCCAUAGAGAGUGUCUGCCUGUUGGUAACACAAUGUCUCCUGUUUACUUCUGCAAUAUCUGUAGUGCAAAACAGCGCGGUCCUGGGAGUGCAAUCUUAGACAUUAAGAAGUAG